UUUAAGUCUUGAAGUCCAGUCCAGAGGCGAAACGGCGACUACAGCCGAAUACCUCCCUUUCAUUUGCUUUCCCAUGGAUAUGCAUUGCAAAGCAGAUCCUUUCUCGGCUAUGCACCCAGGGCAUGGGGGUGUGAACCAGCUCGGGGGGGUAUUUGUCAAUGGAAGACCCCUACCUGAUGUAGUCAGACAGAGGAUAGUGGAGCUAGCCCACCAGGGUGUCAGACCUUGUGACAUCUCCAGGCAGUUGAGGGUCAGCCACGGCUGUGUGAGCAAGAUUUUGGGAAGGUAUUACGAGACAGGAAGCAUCAAACCAGGAGUCAUAGGUGGUUCAAAGCCCAAAGUGGCCACACCGAAAGUGGUCGACAAGAUUGCCGAAUACAAAAGGCAGAACCCCACCAUGUUCGCCUGGGAAAUCCGGGACAGGUUGCUGGCGGAGGGAAUCUGCGAUAAUGAUACCGUGCCCAGUGUGUCCUCCAUAAACAGAAUUAUCAGAACAAAAGUACAACAGCCAUUCCACCCGACGCCAGAUGGAUCUGUAACGCCAGUAAGCGCACCAGGGCACACUAUCGUUCCCAGUACAGCAUCUCCACCUGUCUCCAGCGUCUCCAAUGAUCCUGUAGGCUCUUAUUCCAUAAAUGGGAUUCUGGGUAUUCCUCGUUCAAAUGGCGAAAAGAGGAAACGCGAUGAAGAUGGAUCUGAUGGUUCUGGCCCUAAUGGAGACUCCCAGAGCAGUGUGGAAAGUUUACGGAAGCAUCUACGUGCUGACAACUUCACCCAGCAACAGCUGGAAGCAUUAGAUCGAGUCUUUGAGCGGCCCUCUUAUCCCGACGUCUUCCAGGCAGCAGAACAUAUCAAAUCAGAACAGUGUAUCAUAAACCGGAGUCUGAGUGGAAAACAUGAAAAAAUCCAUUCCCCCAUUUUCCAAAGAACGGACAUGAAGGCCAAUGAAUACUCCCUUCCUGCACUAACCCCUGGUUUGGAUGAAGUCAAAUCUAGUCUAUCAGCUUCUGGUAAUGCAGACCUUGGAAGCAACGUAUCAGGACCUCAAUCCUACCCUGUGGUGACUGAUAUUGCUGAUGGUAGCCCCCUUACUCUAUGGCAGCUUAUGCAAUUGCCAGUCAUGCCAGAUGGGAAAUCCAGUCGCGGGUGUGGGGUUUCUGCGCGGUUCCCUCCUUAUUUAGAAGAGGCAGAAUUUAGGAGAGAGGAAGAGAGAAAAGAAAGCUUCUCCUCUCACCUCUAUGUAAAGCAAGAGCCUCAUGAAGCUUCCCUUACACCCUUCACUCCCUCUUCAUUGGCCAGCUCGGGGCUGGCUGACCUUCAGCCUUUCCAGGUGGCCCUCACGGUUGAUGCGUCCACACCUUCGUACAGCUCCUUCACCCACCAUGGCCCCCACUACGGGCAGUUCGGCAGCCAGCCAGUCAUAGCAGGUCGAGAUAUGACAAGUACAACUCUUCCAGGAUACCCUCCUCAUGUCCCUCCUACGGGACAAGGCAGCUAUCCCACCUCAACUCUCGCUGGCAUGGUACCUGGCACCAACGUUUCGGUUCACCAUUCGGUCCAACCUGUGGAGUGCUGCUCAUGUCUUUCCAGCUCUAAACCAUGUCUGUUUCACUGCAGGACUGGAAGUGGAAGUGAAUUUUCUGGAAAUCCUUACAGCCACCCACAGUACACAACAUACAACGAGGCGUGGAGGUUUAGCAACCCAGCCUUACUAAGUUCCCCUUAUUAUUAUAGUGCCACAUCCAGGGGCUCCGCACCUCCCACUGCUGCCACUGCCUAUGACCGCCACUAGUUACCAUGGAAAUCACAUGAAACUACAAGGUGACAGCUUAGGCCUCCAUAUUGUACCUGUCUGAACUAAAUCAUCUAUGCCAUUGAAAAGAAGAGUGUUUCUUUCUGUGCCUCCUGAAACGAGUCUGCUACUUCUGUCGAAACUACGCAGCUGAAAAACGCUGACCCUCUCCAUCAGCAGUUAUUUGCUGUUGAUAAUUUGAUGAAAACUCUGCCAACGCAUUUGACGUGACAUUUCAUUCUAUUGUUGAAAAUUAGAGGCCCACACAUUAUUUAUAUUGCGGACAGUGGGACCUUGUGGUAGAAAAAAAUGUUAAACAUUACCUUCUCUCUUUCUCCCCCUAAAACGAGCAAUGCAAGGAAUUACUACAUUUUUAUGGCACUCCAAAGACAAACAUGUGCUACACAUGGAAAAGACUAUUUCAUUCAUUAAAAGAAGGAAGACAAAAGGUAGAGAGCACAUCGUUAAGGGACAUUUUCUCUUUUAAACAUGUUCAUCUGAGAGAGCUGCUGAGAAAAGUCAACCGAUAGAAGAGUUCUGACAGCAUAAUUAAGAAACAAUUAGCAAAUGGAGGAUGGAAGGAAUGAGAAUAAGAAAGUGUUUAAUUUAGGACUUCUCUUGGGGCUUUUUGAAUAGGCCCCCAUUCCUUGGUUUGGAUGCUUGUCUCUCAUGCUCCAUUCAUUGUACUGGCAUGUCACAAUACUCCUAGAGGACACCAUUCCAGUGAAAAAAAUAAUCAAAUCAGAUCAGAGAACAGAAGACAGGAGGACAUUUUAAAGUCAAAUGACUGUACAAAAAGAAAAAAAAA